AUUCCCCACUUCUGCCAACUUGGGAGGUUUGGGUGUCCACGCCGUGUUUGUUUGUCCCGACUCCUCCUAUUACAUUCUCCACAAUAUAGAAUAAAUACAAAUGCAGCAGGGAUGGCGGGAACCCCUCAUAAUGGGCACAGCGGGUGUACAGACUGGGAACUCAGCACAGGGAUGGCGGGAACCCCUCAUAAUGGGCACAGCGGGUGUACAGACCCGGGAACUCAGCACAGGGAUGGGAACCCCUCAUAAUGGGCACAGCGGGUGUACAGACUCGGGAACUCAGCACAGGGAUGGCGGGAACCCCUCAUAAUGGGCAACAGCGGGUAUACAGACUCGGGAACUCAGCACAGGGAUGGUGGGAACCC